AUGAUCUGUUAGUGCGUGCCACGGCCCCCGCACUCGGAGUCGCAACGCUCUUCACCUGCGACCUGGCCUUGUGGGCUUUGAAGUAUGAGGUGGGGGCGAAGAGGCUUUUUUAACCAGCCUUUCAAGAUGGCGACCCGCUAGUCACGUGCCGCCCACAGGACGCGAUUGGCCGACGCGCGGCGCUGGGCGGGGCCUGCGGGGCGGGGCGGGUGCCGGCUCCUGCCGCUACUGUUUGCUUGAGCGUCCUGGCGCGCCCCCGUGAGCCGCCUCCCGCGCUGCGCGCCCCCGCCGCUCCGAAUGUUGUGAAUCAAAACGUGGGGCUGGUUCCAUCCGGCCGCCGCGGACAGUUCUUAAAGGGCCAGCCCACCGGAGAGCACAGCUGCGUCCUGCGCCGCCCUUCUCUCGGGCCCGGGCUGGGGAGGCGGAAGACAGAGCAGGCUCGCGAAGGAGCGGGCGCUUCACCGUCCGCACCCCGCAUCGCGAACAAAGGAGCCCGCGUGUGGUCGGACGGCUGCCGGGUUGUGAGCCCCGGCCCUCCACCUCCCUGCCCUCCUGAUGAGACCAUGGACUCUGGCAGUGACUAAGUGGCCACCCUCUGCCCCUGUGGGUCACUGGCGAGUCUCUACAAGACCUAGCAGCAGUCCAGGCCAGCUCUGGGGAAGCCUUGGCCACGAGGGGCCCCUGGCCAGCCCACCUGCCCAGGAUGAGCACUUACCCUCCCAGCAGCUGCUGCCCCGACCACCAAACCUCUCUGUAGAGGAGCACCGAGCCUCAGCUCCUGCCGGCAGGAGCCCCCGAAUGCUGCACCCAGCCACCCAGCAGAGCCCGUUCAUGGUUGAUCUCCACGAGCAGGUGCACCAGGGACCUGUCCCUCUGUCCUACACAGUCACCACGGUGACGACCCAAGGCUUCCCUUUGCCUACAAGCCAACACAUCCCUGGCUGCAGUGCCCAGCAGCUCCCAGCAUGCUCCGUGAUGUUCAGUGGGCAGCACUACCCCGUCUGCUGCCUCCCACCUCCGCAGCUGAUCCAGGCGUGUACCAUGCAGCAGCUCCCUGUACCCUACCACACCUACCCCCACCUCAUCUCCAGUGACCACUACAUCCUCCACCCGCCACCGCCAGCCCCACCGCCCCAACCUACCCACAUGGCACCGCUUGGGCAGUUUGUAUCCCUGCAGACCCAGCACCCACGGAUGCCCCUGCAGCGGCUGGACAAUGAUGUGGACCUUCGAGGGGACCAGCACCCCCUGGGGAGCUUCACUUACUCCACCUCUGCCACUGGCCCAGCCUUGUCGCCCUCAGUGCCCCUUCACUACCUACCCCAUGAUCCACUGCACCAGGAGCUGUCCUUUGGUGUGCCAUAUUCCCACAUGAUGCCACGAAGACUGAGCACACAAAGAUACCGCCUGCAACAGCCGCUGCCCCCGCCCCCGCUGCCACCGCCACCGUCCUACUACCCAAGCUUCCUGCCCUACUUCCUUUCAAUGCUGCCUAUGUCACCAACCACCGUGGGCCCCACCAUCAGCCUGGAUCUGGAUGUGGAUGAUGUGGAGAUGGAGAACUAUGAGGCUCUUCUGAACCUGGCUGAGAGGCUGGGAGAUGCCAAGCCCCGAGGCCUCACCAAAGCAGACAUAGAACAACUGCCGUCAUACCGCUUUAAUCCUGACAGCCAUCAGUCUGAGCAGACUCUGUGCGUGGUCUGCUUCAGUGACUUCGAGGUUCGGCAGCUGCUCCGAGUCCUCCCCUGCAACCAUGAAUUCCACGCCAAGUGUGUUGACAAGUGGUUGAAGGCCAACCGGACCUGUCCCAUCUGCCGGGCGGAUGCCUCCGAGGUGCCCAGGGAGGCUGAGUGAGGCUCCACAGCCACCCACAAGAACCCUGCCCAAAGCUCCGGAGACGGGUGGGGGGAGCAGGGAGUGGCCCAGGGAGAACUGUAAGGGAGGGGCCAGGCCUGUCAGCAUUCCCACCGCAACUCCAGAGCUGGUGCCAGGGUCAGUCCUGGAGAAGCCCCUGCAAUAAGCCCCUGCAUUUGCCAAGCUCCAAAGACUCCUUCCCCAAUCUGCCUGCCUGCCUGCCUGCCCGCCACGGAGCUGCCUGAGUGUCCCCAACUCAGUCUGCCUCGUAUUUGCCCCCGGGUCCUUCUUCCUGCUGGCUCUGGGGGGCAGGAGUCCAUUCCCCAAGUGUGGUGGCUGCUGUGAUUCCCCAGGCCCCAGAAUGGGCAAAGGAAUAGCCACCCUGGGUCAACUGGUCUCCUGUACUGACAUGACGUGUCCUUCCCUGUCCUAGUGGGACUGCCAGGUGUGUGGGCAGGUAGUAGCCAGAGACCAUUUCCUGAGUCCUGUUUGGUCCAGACAGACGCAGGCAGUCAGCCCUGCCUCCGCUACUGUAUGGUGUGGGCCUGACUCCCAGGACCCUUACCCCAGGCACACGCUCCAGCCCACCCCCAGGCUGGAGGAUCCCAGCCAGGCUCCAUGAGCAAAUGGGCCAGGGCUCCAAGCUGGAUCCAUUGUGUUCUGCAGCAGCAGGGCCGCGAUCCGGGCAUGUCCUUGUGUUUCUGGUGGCCGCCCCUCUACCAGUGACAAUGUCAGACCCGUGCUCGAUCUUCCCCCUCUGUCGUUUUGCAUGAAUGUGAGGAACAGCAGUUUUUGUUUAUUCAUUUGGCCCAAAAUUGCGUGUAGGGGGUGUGGAUAUUUAAGAGGUGUUUGGUUUUUUAUUAUCUUAUUUUCCCUUUGGUUUAGUAGGAGUGGGGGCAUAGGGACCAACCGGGACCAAAUGCCCAGGGGGCAGAGUAGGGUCAGGUGGUGCCACACCAGGCCUCCACGCAUGUGCACUGGGACUGCGCUGGUGGCUGCGAGUCACAGGGCAGAGUUGGGGUGUGCUCAGCUGAUAACUGCCAUGCACUGCACUGCACAUGUCCCUAGAGCCCACCGGGCAUGUCUGCUUUUCAGGGCACCUCCUCUCCAGCCAGGGCCUGUGGGCCACCUGCCUGGGUGAGUCUCCUAGCAAUCCUGUGAGGACAGGGGUCAGGGAGGGCGUGAACCUCCACCUCAGGGGGCCCCUCCCGGCCGAUUCCUGUCCUCUGAGGUCUGGAGGAGGCUGUGUUCCUUACCCUCCUUUCAGGUUCCACUCCUUUCCUCUCCUACCGCCAACUGGGGCUGCUGCGCUGCCUGGAGUGAGCGAACCGCGUGUGGGGCCGGCACAUCCUAGCAGGCAGCCGAUGGCGCCUGCUGCCUCAGGGAUGCUCCAACCACCCUCGUUCUCGCCGCAGCCCUGCCCCACCCCAGCCUACCAGGCCCCAUUGGCCUGGUCCCACCCCACAAGAGCCCAAAGUCUUACUGUAUAUAACUCCAGGUGAUGUUUCUAUAUUUAUAGCAGUGUUGAAAAUCCACGUGUUUUACACAAAGAACCACCUUCUCCAACCCCCACCCCUUCCUCACCCCAAAAAAGGUUUUUAAACCCUUGUGGUUCCUGGGGCAGCGGGAUUGGCUCAUGGAUUGUGUCGACUGCAGUGAGGAUUCCAACAAGCAGCUACUAGGGGGAAAUACACCUUUUUUUUUUUUAAUCAUUUAAAAACGAUUUAUGAAACAAUUACUUAGGAUGUUUGUGAUUUGCCGACCUUGCUGUAGAUGCCACGCUACCAAUGAUUUCCUGUGGUGGGGGCUUGGCAUUGUUUACUCUUUAUUUACCAACUUCUGGCCUAGGCAUGACAGUGGGCACCUUCCCCCAGCACUGCUGGGCCCAGCCUGUGUUCUGUGUUAGAAAAGUUUAUAUAUAUAUAUAUAACUAAACACACACACACAUAUAUAUAUAUAUAUAAACACACGUGAUGGGGGCCCUGUUCCUUGCACAUCUUACAGUUACCUCAUUUUUCCCAUGUAUGUAUUUGAGAAAAUGCUAAUAUAUAGACAAAUGGUUCUUAAAGCUUAAAUGUGUGGUUUUUUUCCAUCCCAUUGGACUCACAUUGGUUUGUAGCAUUUAACAUAACUAGUAUGUUGUAUUAUAUAUGUGUAUACUGAUUGAAAUUUUUAACAGAUUUGUACUUUUUUUAAAAUGAAAGUUGCUAGUUCUGCUUGACCAAGUAGUGCAAUCAUUAUUUUUUUUAAUAUUGUUGCUGAUUUCAGAGGGAUAUUCACUAAUAAAUGUAUGACGUAUACAAGUGCUACCCAA